AUGGUGACGGAGCUCGCCGCCUUCAUGCUCGACCGGGAAGCCACCGCCGCCCAGACCUGGGCCUCCGUCGAGGCUCUCUUCGUCAACAACCGUCGGGCGCGACGGUUCCAGCUCCAGACGGAGCUCUCUGAAACUCGUCAAGGGGACUCCUCCGUUUCCAUCUUCUGCGCUCGCCUCAAGUCCAUCUCCGACCAGCUGCGCGACGCCGGCAAGAUCCUGGAUGAUGACGAGUUGGUCAUCCAACUUCUACGCGGCAUCAACAAAGAUCGUCAUCAGACUACUGCCAAAAUUAUAGAGAAGUCCCCAACUCCCAUCCCUUUUGACGUUGCCGUCGGCAUGCUUCUCCACGACGAGAUCGGCAAUAACUUCGCCGGCUCCGCCCAUCACACCGCCCUCGCUGUCCAGCUGAGGGGUCCGUCGCCCGCGCCCUCGAUUGGGGCCUCCGGCGGCCAGGCUCGGCCGCCCGCUGCUGGUCUCGGCGGCGGCAAAGCCUCCUCUCCCUCACCCAACCAGGGACACAACAAACGCCGCCGCUACACCAACAAUGGCGGGUAUCAGGGGGCCGCGGCUACACCGCCGUGGACGGGGCACGUCUACGCUUACCCGAUGGCACUCCCACCUCAACCUCGUCCGGCGCCCGGGAUCCUUGGUCCGCGGCCGCCGCACGCCUACGCCGCCUUCGGUGGCCACCUCCAGCAGCCGUCUCCGAUGGGCUACCCUCCACUGCAGCAGUACCUGCCGGCGGCGCCUCCUCCUCAUCAGCAGUUCCUGCCGGCGCCACAUCUUCCGCAGCAGUACCAGGCGCAGCAGCACCAGGCGCAGCCGUACUUCCACCCGCCCGCGGCCGCCGUCUCCAACGCCGUCGACCACUCCGCCCUGAUGAGCGCUCUGCACAACCUGUCGAUCCAGUCGCCUAGCGGUGGCUGGGUUGCGGACUCCGGCGCCUCCUCUCAUCUAGCGGCUGAUCCCGGACUAUCCAACCAAGGUGGAGCUUCUUCGAUGCAACAGUGACGGCGAACUGUAUGACAUCUUCCCUCCGGCCACCUCGUCGUCAUCGUCCCCCACCGCCCUCGCCGUCGUCGUCUCCCGCCUCACCGACCUUUGGCACCGGCGUUUGGGCCACCCCGGCGAUGCUACUUUUCGUUUAAAUAAAACUUUAGAACAUUGUAAUAAACCUAUUUCAGAUGGGCGCUUGUGUGAUGCUUGUCAGACUGGAAAGCAUGUCCGCCUCCCUUUUACUUCCUCCACUAGUCGAACUGCUGCACCAUUUGAUCUUAUACAUUGCGAUGUUUGGACUGCUCCUUUGUCUAGCGCCUCUGGCAGCAAGUAUUAUCUCCUACUUAUUGAUGAUUUUUCAUGCUA